CUCUCUCUCUGGUGUCCUUUGUUGCCGGCGCGGCGAUUGCGAGAGGGAAAUGGCCGCAUUGAUGAGCGCCAGGAGCUGCUCCAAUCUGGUGGUGCGGCAGUGAUGGCGCCCUCGUGCAUUCUCAUUCUCUUCUUCUACCUUGAGCUCUCAUUCAAUGGAACGGGGGUGUUGAAAGAUUUGGCUUUUUUGGUUUCUUCUUGGUUCGAUCGAUUGCUGCCGCUGCCGCGCACCACAAGAUUUGCAAGCGAGGAUGAAAGGGAUGAUGGCAUUGCCGUGGACGAGGAGACGGCGGCACCAGCGGCUCGUGAGCGAGAUCGGUGUCGGCGCUGAUUCUUCUCCCGAGAAUUUCGAUGACAAGGAGCUAGAGCUCGUCUCGUGGCUUAAGAUACGCGGUGAGCACGACGCAUGCUCGUUGCUCAAGACAGGCCCUGAUAAAAGGGGAUUGUUUGCCGUGCGAGAUAUCAAGGCUGGCGAGUGCAUUCUCAGAGUUUCUCGCGACACGAUGAUGACUGCAGAUAGAUUGCCUCUGGAAUUCCAGCAGCUGCUUUCAAGUGGAGUGAGUGAAUGGGCGCAGUUAGCUCUUUUGCUUCUUUUCGAGAAACGAGCAGGAGAGGCUUCCAUAUGGGCUCCUUACAUUUCUUGCUUGCCAAGGUGGGGCACGAUCCACAGCACGGCGUUUUGGAGAAAAGAAGAGCUCGCAAUGAUACAGGAGAGUUCUUUGAGCUAUGAAACUAUGAGCAGAAGAGCAGCAAUCAGAGAGGAGUUCAAUGAAAUGCAGCCGAUCUUUCAACGGUAUGAGCAUGUAUUUGGAGGUCCUGUGUCGUAUGCAAGUUUCAAGCAUGCUUAUGUAACAGUGUGCUCGCGCGCAUGGCGCAUUGAUGGCCUUGAGAAGCUAGCAAUGGUUCCCUUUGCUGAUUUUAUGAAUCACGACUGGAGCUCGAACGCGAUGCUUACAUAUGACACUGAUAAUGGCUCUACCGAGCUCUUCGCAGAUAAAAACUAUGCUGCCGGUGAGCAAGUAACCAUAAGUUUUGGACCAUUAUGCAACGCAUCCCUUGCACUGGACUUUGGAUUUACUGUACCAUACAAUCCGUGGGACAAGGUACAACUAUGGCUUGGCAUCUCUCGAAGGGACAGCCUUCGGAAAGAAAAAUUGCAGUACCUGCAUGCUCAUGAGAUGCUGACAUUGACGAACCCUGAUGGCUCUGAUAGUGGUGGCAUGAGCUUCACAUUGAGGGAAGUUUGUGACUCAGCAGGUAAUGGAAGGGAACUCCCUGGGCCUCUUUUUACAAUGGCACGGGUAGUAUGUGCUACGUCAAGCGAAGCUCUACUCAGCUGUGAUAAGAAACAAGAUGGACUCAAGGAAACUGACGCUCUUGCGCUAAUAUUAACUUGCGUGGAGACUCGAAUUCAGCAGCAUUUUGAGGCUAUCCUGGCCUUGCAGAGCUGCAGGUCGCAAGCACCGGCAGAAAGCACCACUUUACUCUGCGUAGAAAUGGCUGAGGCUAUCCUUGGAGGAGAGCUGAGAGUACUGCGCUCUGUGAGUGCGUGGCUUAAGCACCAGUGCGUUGUGGCAUGACGGGAAAUUUACUCUCGUUUCUUCAUUGCUUGUCCGGGGGACCAGAUCUGAGCUAUAUUAAGGUACAGUGAAGAGCAAAAGCACCAAUGUGCUGACGAAUAUCAUUCCUCCUGGACUUAAACUUUGGCUUUGCAGUACACAAUGGUGGAUUGUAGCUCUGAGCUUACCUAUACGCCAAUACUACGGUUGUUAAGAAUUAUUUUGUGGAGGGACUUAUUGUUCAUGAAAUCGUGAAUUAUUUUGCAUCUUGUCAGCUGCC